AUGCGUCGCCCCAUUUCAGCCGCGGUCUUGGCGGCCGCCGGCCUCGUUGGCAAUGCACACGGCCAGUGCCAAGAGGUUGUCCCAGGCCAAUAUACUGGGACUCCCUUCCAAAACAACCUGACAUCAACACAUGAGCUCUCCGAGAUCACCUUCUUCAAGAUCAAGGACCCAUCAGGUCAACAUCUCUGCACAGCCGAUGCUGCAGGGGACCUCAGUCUCCUCGCCUAUCAGUCGCUCAACACGACCCUAGGACGGCCUGUCAACACCGACAUAAAGCGUGCCAUAAUCGUCAUCCACGGCGCGUUAGACGACCCAUGGAACUACCACUCAGCCAUGAUCCAGGCGCUACAGAUGGUCACCAACGAUGAUAUCAGCCCGGACACUGUUGCUAUAACCGCGCCAUACUUCCCGAACGAUGGCGACGCAGGUGGUGGCUUCCCUUACGACCCGAGUGGUACUACCCCAGCAGAAAAGUAUCCGUCUCCAGCUUUGGCCUGGUACUUUGACAACUGGUCCGGCGGUGCCCAUAACCAGUAUCCUCCCAACACGAAAACUGUGUCUUCCUUCGACGUACUGGACCAGAUCGUUCAGUGGUAUGGCAACAAGGCAAUGUUCCCCAACAUCAACCAAAUUAUCAUUGCCGGCCACUCGAUGGGCGGGCAGAUGGCGCAACGAUAUGCCGCUAUUGGUAAGACCGGAGCUCAGCUCGGCAUCACCACGCCAGUUAGCUACUGGAUCGGGGAUCCGAACAGCUUCGUGUGGUUCGCGACAGACCGCCCGGAAUCCACUGGGAAGUGCGCCGCUUUCGACAACUACCGCGAGGGCUUCACGAACUACAGCGCCUAUGGCACGCCGCAGUCUACGGCUAUGACGUACAACUCCGCCUUGGUUGCAGCUGGCCGGGAUGCCAUCCUGGCCAACUUCCAGAGCAGGACCAUUGCGUACGCUCGCGCCACCCUGGACAAGGGUGACUACAACAAGGACAACUCGUGUAGCUUCUACACGACGGGUGCGGACCGCAACGAGCGCUUUUUUGAGUUCAUAAAGCGCUUCCCUACCACGUGCCCCGACCCCGCCGGCGCCUGCAAGACGGUCGACAUCGUCGUCGCCAAGCACGAUGCCCCGUCCCUGUUCCAGGCACCGUCCGGCCUGACCCGCCUGUUCUAUGACAACUGGGACGGCUCCGGCAACCGCGCCUUCGACUUUGGCUACCCGCGCCACGCCCCCUACGACGACCCCUACCCGGACCCGUCGCAGGCCGGGCAGCCCCUCGUCGACGAGGACAACUCUACCUACGCCGGCGGCAAGACCUUCCGCGGCUGCUUCACCGACGUCGACAAAGCCCAGAGCGUCCCCUCGCUGCCCAUCUCGGCAUACGUGGGGACGCUGAACUCCAAAACCUACUGCAGCAGCCUUUGCACCCAGCAGGGAUACAGCAUCGCUGGCGUCAGCUACGAGAACUGCUACUGCGGCAACGCCCUGGGCAGCCAGACCUCUAUGGUGGUCGUGACGUCGUGCGAGGGUUCCUGCCCCGCGGGCCCCUCGACUGCUUUCUGUGGUGGGCCCAGUCGGCUGUCCAUCUUCUCUAGCAUUGACCUGUAA